CCCCACCAUAUCAAUAGACGCGCUUAUACGAAUUUCGUGCUGUCCAUCCUCUCUGUUACAUCAUCGAUAUAAGGUGUUUCGUUUUCUACUGAGUCGCAGCUACGACUUGCGACCAAACAAAGCUAUGUCGACAGACGACAGCUCGCGUAGAUUCCUCGUCACCGGCGGGAAUGGAUUUAUUGGUUCAUAUGUCGCAAAGGCAUUAUUUGAGAAGGGCAACUAUGUUCGCAUCGCGGAUAUCAAGCGGACCUCGUAUUUCAACGAGUGCAUCUCGAAUGAGGUUCUCGUCGGAAACCUCUGCGAUCUGUCAUUUUGUGAAAGCGCUGUUCGGAGCAUGGACACAGUCCUUCAUUUCGCCGCGACAAUGGGUGGCAUGGGAGCAAUCCACGAAGCCAAUGAUUUCGUCAUAUACAAGGACAAUUCCGCAAUGACAUUCAAUCUCGUACAUGCUGCUGUACACCAGGGUGUUCAGCGUUUCUUCUAUGCAUCCUCUGCCUGUGUGUAUCCCACAUCCUUACAGCACCAUGCCAUAAACCCCGUGUCCCUCCGCGAGCAGGACUUAUGGUCUUCUGGGGCCCCAAACCCACAAGGCCUCUACGGUCUUGAAAAGCUAAACUCUGAGCUGCUUUUGAUGCAGUUUGCUGAGAAGAUGCAGAUACGCAUCGCCCGAUUUCAUAACAUUUUUGGCCCAUAUGGUGCAUGGGUUGGCGGGCAUGAAAAAGUGCCCGCUGCGCAGCUCAGAAAGGCGCUCGCUGCACAAAUGGAUCCCACCGCCCAGCAUGAUAUCGAGAUCUGGGGAGAUGGGAAGCAACGGCGAAGCUUCCUCUACAUCGACAACUGCGUCGAAGCUAUUCUCCUUCUCAUUGAAUCCGACUGCAGCGAACCAAUUAACAUCGGAUCUGACUGCUCAGUCACGAUCGACGAUCUCACAAGGAUUGCUGCGCAAUCUGCAGGCCUGAACGUAGGAGACUUCCAUUUCAGAUACGUGGAUGAUUCUCGUCCCAUCGGCGUCCAUUCCCGCAAUUCGAACAAUGAGUUUGUCAUGAGGUCAUUGAACUGGACCCCGAAGAUAACCCUCGAGGCCGGUAUGAUGAAGACUGCAGAAUGGAUCAGAGGGGAAAUGGAGAAUAUGCUCAAUAGCAACGACGAGAUCAGCGCCCGGACAAAGCUGCUGCACAGCUUCAAAACGAGCGAGGUCGUAUUCUUGCAUAAGCCCACCAUUACAUUCGCUAUCUUACUUCCCAUCACAUCCCGUGGUCUCGAGGGACCUGAGAAGAGCCUCGAUAACCUUCGAACCUUUGCACAGUCCCUUGCGCGCACUACGUGGCGCGACACCCGUGAGCUUGGGCUUGUCCACUAUCAGGUGAAGAUAUACUUGGGAAUUGACGCAGACGACGAUUUUCUGCUGCGCCACGCAGAAAACUGCGAAAAGUUAAACAUUGAAUCACUCUUAUCAGAAGAGGGGAUCACAGAUGUUUCUACUGAGAUCUGCGACGUACCCCGUGGUCAUGUCUGUGCAAUAUGGCGCCAGUGUGCAUACCGGGCUUGGCAGGAAAAUGCAGACUAUUUUGUGCUGAUGGGCGAUGAUGUCAAUCUCUUCGACGAAGGUUGGAUGAGAGAUAUCCACGAACAGUUCACGUUGAUUGCACAGCACGAACAAGUCCCUCAGGGUAUGGGAUGUGUCGCGUUCACGGAUGUGACUUUCCCCGGAAUGCCCACGUUCCCCGUUAUUCAUCGCACUCAUAUGGAUGUCUUUGAAGGCCAAGUCAUACCCGACGUUUUUGUUAAUCAAGACGGGGACCCGUUCCUCUUCCAGCUAUACCGCAAAUGGGGUUGCUCUCGAAUGAUACCAUCAAGACUUUCUAAUGGAAUUGGCGGAAGCCUACCUGCGCGCUACACUCAACAGCAUGCAGACGGAUGGACUUUCGGUCCGUUGGACAAGGCAGCAUUAGUGUUGGCGAGGUCUUUACCGGACGCUGCUCGCAAAAUGACGCUGGACAUCAUCAUUCCGAGCUACCGUGUUCAACUCCCUUUCCUCGAUCCCAUUCUCGCCCUCAAAGAGUCUCCAACUUGUGAAACCAUGUUCAUAAUCAUAAUCGACAACCCGCACUCCCCAAAAAUCACCGAGCUAGAAGCAAAGUAUGCUCAUCGCCCAGACGUCCGCAUCCGUGUCAAUAAAAGUAACCUUGGUGCCUCGGCGUCACGAAACAGAGGCAUGAAGGAAUCUGCCGCGGACUGGAUUUUGUUUCUUGACGAUGACGUAACGCCUCAAGCUGACAUUCUGAUUGAGGCUGAGAAAAUCAUUCGUUUGAACCCACAGGCUGCUGGUUUCAUUGGAAACACCUAUUUCCCUGUUGCCAGCACUAUCUUCACCAAUGCCGUUCAUCUUGCUGGCGUGACCUUCUUCUGGGACAUUGCUGCAAAGAUGCCACAGAACGAGAGUGACAUGCCCUGGGGUGUCACAGCCAAUCUCAUCGCCCGCCGUGUUCAGGACGAUGUAGAGUUUGAUUUGCAGUUCCCGAAAACAGGCGGAGGAGAGGACAUUGAUUUCUGUCGGAAGAAGCGCGACUUCUCUGUUGCUCACGGGGGCGAAGGAUUCUAUCCUGCCCCUCACGUCGUCGCAACUCACCCUUGGUGGAACGGGGGUCAAAGAUCGUACUGGCGUUUUUAUAUGUGGUCCAAAGGCGACGGGGGGCUCAUAAAGCUCUACCCAAAUCUGACGUAUUUAGAUCACUCUCCCAACAGUGCAGAGCUCUUCCUGAUCAGCACGGCAUUGACAAUUUUAGGCGCGUUCACGUACCUCUUCACAAGGAGCUCCGUCGUGUUCAAUGUUUCGGUGAGCCUCGCAAUCGCGACGGUCAUUGCAAACAUAGCGCAUGAUGUGUACCGUCAUUUGUGGAGAGAUACGAAUCGCACGAAAUCCCUCAGGUCUUCAUUGAGAGGACUAGGAUGGGUUGUCGCGGUUGCUGAAAGUGCGCUGAUCAGGAUGGCGAGCGAGGGUGGGAGGCUGAUCGGACUACUUGAGCGGGGAGAAAUCUUGCUCAUUGGGCAAAGGUUUGACUGGUUCACUGGGAGGAAAGGAGACGGCCCGAUGAACGAGGAAAUAAUGAAUGGACGACAGAGAAUGGCACUGGUGGUUCUCAUCACUGGGGUAUUUUUUCUCGGAGCUCGAAUAGCCACUGUAAGGAAAGUCGCCGUGGAACGGAUAAAUUGUAAUCGAUCACUUUUGCUCGCAAGUUAUUCAGGCAAUGUAAUGAUCAUUUACUCUUCAUGGAGGCUCACACCACAACCGCGCGCGUACCGCAUUGCCAGGAGCAUGGGCGGCCAGGACUUCACCCUCGGAACAUAAUUGUCCCUGGUAGAAGAAGGAAGACAACUAUUCCCUGUAGUAAAGCGAAACAGUAGUAGACAACAGGAAAACAGACAGAUCUGGUUUCCCGCAAGUUUGUGAGACAACUCGAAGACUAGCCCGUGACUAGGUGUGGCCGAGUCACUCUGCACAAAUGGAAAAGAGGGGGGAACCCGAGGGGCGGUCGAUGGGUACACGAAAAUUCCAAGUAACUGCAGCGACGGGUAGGCAUCAAUGGGGACGCGAUAGGAAGGAGUACCCUCCCAAAAGACAGGUCCACGAGAAACUGGUGUUUGAACCAGUUUAACAAUUGGAUGCAGGCGGAAAGUAGGAACCGAGGCCUGAGGCCUGAGGUAUCAUAGACUCAGUUCGGGUGUAGGAGACCGAAAAUUCAGGCUUCAUGAUCCAGAAUGAAUUAAGCACUGGCAGUGCGCACUGCGCUCCGAGAAAAUGGAAAACCCGUAGACUUAGCCUUUUC